GCAAUAGAGAGUUUUGCUGCCGAGAGGAUAGGCCAUGGUUAUCGAGUGCUGGAGGACGAGAACAUUUACCAAAAGUGUCUCAGGGAAAACAUCCAUUUUGAGGUGUGCCCACACUCAUCAUACAUGACAGGAGCGAUAAAGAACUUAAUGACGCCUUCUAAAAGACAUCCAAUUCUAAGAUUUGCAGAGGAUGAAGCCAGUUUCAGUAUUAGCACCGAUGACCCAACCAUUACCUUCACGACUUUGGCGGAUGAAUAUCGUCUCCUUGGCAGCUGGGGCUUUACAGAAGCUCAUUUCACUCGUGCAAAUUUCCAGGCUGCGCUCAACUCUUUCCUGCCGCCAGAGGAGAAGAAGGCCCUAAUAGACCAACUCCGUGAAGCCUACAGUUUCAUCGACUACAAAGUCCCCUCGCUACCCACAUCGUCCCCCCCAACGACCCGGUCUCCAACGCCUCCACUCAAGCCAAGCAUCACCUUCGGCACUUGGGCGGAUCGAUCCUAGAGCGCGUUCUGUGAUGUUUAAUU